GACGCCAUUUUCGGCGGCGGGCGCAGCGGAGCAGGAGCCUGCUGGGCGGCGGCUGCGAGGAGGAGCCUCGGGGCACAGCGCGGGUGGGCGGCCGAGGAUGCUGCGGGGCGGCCGCGCCGGCGCCCCUCGCUUGUGACCGCGGCGCCGCACCUGAGGCGGCAGAGGCGACAGCCCCGGCGGUCCCGCUCGGCGCACGCGCCCGCGGCCUCCCGGUGCUGACAGCGCGAGCGCGCGGCCCCGCGGGAGCAGCACGAAUGUAUGACAACAUGUCCACAAUGGUGUACAUAAAGGAAGACAAGUUGGAGAAGCUUACGCAGGAUGAAAUUAUUUCUAAGACAAAGCAAGUAAUUCAGGGCCUGGAGGCUCUGAAGAAUGAGCACAAUUCCAUUUUACAAAGUUUACUGGAGACACUGAAGUGUUUGAAGAAAGAUGACGAAAGUAAUCUGGUGGAAGAGAAAUCAAACAUGAUCCGAAAGUCACUGGAAAUGUUGGAGCUUGGCCUGAGUGAGGCACAGGUUAUGAUGGCUCUGUCAAACCACCUGAAUGCCGUCGAGUCGGAGAAGCAGAAGCUGCGCGCACAGGUGCGUCGUCUGUGCCAGGAGAACCAGUGGCUGCGGGAUGAACUGGCCAACACGCAGCAGAAAUUGCAGAAGAGCGAGCAGUCUGUGGCUCAGCUGGAGGAAGAGAAGAAGCAUCUGGAAUUCAUGAAUCAGCUGAAAAAAUACGAUGAUGACAUUUCUCCAUCAGAGGACAAAGACACUGAUUCCACCAAAGAGCCUCUGGAUGACCUCUUCCCCAAUGACGAUGACGACCCCGGUCAAGGCAUGCAGCAGCAGCAGAGCAGCGCGGCAGCGGCCGCGCAGCAGGGUGGCUACGAGAUCCCCGCGCGGCUGCGCACCCUGCACAACCUGGUCAUCCAGUACGCCUCUCAGGGGCGCUACGAGGUCGCCGUGCCCCUCUGCAAGCAGGCCCUGGAGGACCUGGAGAAGACCUCCGGUCACGACCACCCGGACGUGGCCACCAUGCUGAACAUCCUGGCCUUGGUGUACAGAGACCAGAAUAAAUACAAAGAUGCAGCAAAUCUACUGAAUGACGCCUUGGCCAUCCGUGAAAAAACUUUGGGCAAAGAUCAUCCUGCGGUGGCAGCAACUCUGAAUAACCUCGCAGUGCUUUACGGCAAGAGAGGGAAGUACAAAGAAGCUGAGCCGCUGUGUAAAAGAGCUCUGGAGAUCAGAGAAAAGGUUUUGGGAAAGGAUCACCCCGAUGUUGCCAAGCAGUUAAAUAACUUGGCCUUACUGUGCCAGAACCAGGGCAAGUACGAAGAAGUAGAAUAUUAUUAUCAAAGAGCCCUCGAGAUCUACCAAACAAAACUGGGGCCUGAUGACCCCAAUGUGGCCAAAACGAAAAAUAACCUGGCAUCCUGCUAUCUGAAGCAAGGAAAAUUCAAGCAAGCAGAAACACUGUACAAAGAGAUUCUCACUCGUGCACAUGAAAGGGAGUUUGGUUCUGUAGAUGAUGAAAAUAAACCCAUUUGGAUGCAUGCUGAGGAAAGAGAAGAAUGCAAAGGAAAGCAAAAGGAUGGGACUUCUUUUGGAGAGUAUGGUGGCUGGUACAAAGCCUGCAAAGUUGACAGUCCAACUGUUACAACUACUUUAAAAAACCUUGGGGCACUUUACAGACGUCAAGGCAAGUUUGAAGCUGCAGAAACAUUGGAAGAAGCAGCCAUGAGGUCACGUAAACAGGGUCUUGACAAUGCUCACAAACAGAGGGUAGCUGAGGUGCUGAAUGACCCUGAGAACAUGGAGAAGCGGAGGAGCCGCGAGAGCCUCAGCGUGGACGUGGUCAAGUACGAGAGCGGCCCUGACGGAGGGGAGGAAGUGAGUAUGAGCGUAGAGUGGAACGGGAUGAGAAAGAUGAAGCUCGGGCUGGUUAAAUGACUUGCUCAGCGUCGCAUGGCCUAGCUGCCCUGUGUGACACUCACACUGUCUCCUGCAUGAUGGGCGGCAUCUCCUCCAGCUUUUCUUCUCUCUCCAGUGCUGACUGCUGUGUUUAGCAAUCCCCUAGGAUUCUUGUCAGAGCUACACCUCUCUGUGACUGGCCAUUCCUUCUGGUGCUGCUGUCCUUUUGGGGGGUUCCUUAUCUCUGUAUACAUGUAGCUUUGCCAGAUAUGUACUUAGUAAUAUAAAGUGUGUUAAUAAAACCAUUUACUGUGUAAUACCUGAGUUUAAAAACUAAGAGCAAUUAGCUGUUCACUUUGAUAAGAGGUAGUUAGUAGUAUCCCCCAGGUGUUACUGCAAUGGCAUGAUGGUGACUGUGACACUAGCUAGGCUGUCAGAGUAGGGCAUGUGCUGCUCCUGUCGCGCUUGGAGACCUGGCGGGACCACCCCGGGCUCUGGGCGCCCCCCUUAGGGUCGCGCUCAAGUAGAGUUUGCUGUGUAGUCUUUGUGUGAGAUUUUGGCAAUUCUGCUUUUCUCUACUAAUCUUUAAGUGUUCAGUGAUUUGCGUAUUUGUGUCUUUCUAACUUCUAAUAAACUCACUCCAACUGA